GUCGCUCUGGGCGCGGGGUUUGUCCCCGCCGUGCGGGCCGGCUCCCGGCCCGGGGCUCUCCCUCUCCUCGGGGACGGCGAGCCCUGGGGAGGGCACGGUCUCCGGCUGUGGUGGGGGCGAGGAAAGGCGUGUGGGAAGCCGGCCCUGAUCCCACUCUUGCGACUUGGCCGCUGCGCGCUGGUUCCGGGACGACAGCCCGCCUUGCGUGUCUUGGCUGGGGCACGCUUUUUUUCCGCUGGUGCCCAGGGCAACCAGGCCAGGACACCCAGUCCCUUGUGCAGGUGGCCUCUGCGCGAAGGGUGGCGCAGCUGGCACGCCCGCCACGUCCCGAACUUGUCGGUUUUGCAUCUCUGCGUAAUGGUGCGAUCUCCCGCAGCUCCCCGCCCUAUGCAGCAGGAGAAUGUAGAUUCAGAAGAAAUCAAAAGUCUGGUUGCUGGGCAUUUCAAAGGCAUCCUUUACAGUGCUAACAUACCUGGUAACUUGCAGGGGGUAGUUUUGUAGGGUUUUUUGUUUUUGUUUUAUUGGGGAUUUUUUGUUGUUUAGUUUUUUACAUUGAUCCUUCGAAUAUCACAUGUAGUAUUGGGAGUUGUUCUUUGAACCGCUUGCUCAAAGUUCUAUAUUAUCGUAUCUUGAAACUUUGGUAUACACUCUAAGUUCUGUUAUGAAUUUCUACAGACAAAAGCUAUGUACUUCAUUUUACUGGGUUCACCUUCCCAAGAUUUGCUACCAGCUUGACUGUUACUUUUAUGAUCUCUGAAGCUAUCUUGUAGUGAUAGUAGUUACCAGUUUCUACAUCCAGAGGUCUGGUGUAAAAAGAAGGAAUGUUAAUACUUUUGGGAAACAGCCUGUAUGAUUAGACAAAACCCUGAGAGUGUCUUCUCUGAAUAUUUGCACUGCAAAAUAGAGCUUCAGUUUUAUGUCAGAUUCUUUGAGAUUUGUCUUAAUAUGUAGUUAAAUUCCCAAAAUCAGAGAAUGGAUCGCAUUGUAACAUAAUGCAGGAAAAAUAGCUGCCUCAAUUGCCAAAUAAUUCGUUAAAUUCUUCCAAACUUUUAACAGUAAGUAUUGUGUACUUCUGUUUAGUGCAACUGAUAACCCAGAACCUAAUGAUUAAAUUAAACGAACCUGAUGAUUAAGUAGGAAGAAAAUUAUUUCAACAAGGGCACGGGAGGAGCUUAAUCUUCAGGACUGCCGAUUAAACACCAUAGAAGCAUAAGAAGAAAAACACCCACAACAAACCCAACCCACUGUAAAUGCAAGCUGUAACUGCUUCUUGAGACCAUCGCGUCAUUUGUAGGCUGUGUGACUGUGCCUCUUCACUACUUGGAUUAGUAGACUUCAAAAUGCUUGUUUUGUAGCAAGAAGAGAAAUUUAGUGAAGAUCGUGGCAGACAUACUUUUUAAACAUUUAUUUCAUAAUCUGAAAGAAGAAUAGCAUUUGGAAUAAUGGCAACAGGAGACCUUAAUGGAAGUUUAAGAAAAAUAGAACAAGGACUUCGCUUGUUAAAUUAUCCAAGAGAUGUGGAUUAUACAGUGUUAGUAAAGGGUGAUCCAGCUGCAUUUUUGCCUAUCAUCAGCUAUUGUUUUACAUCUUUUUCAACUUGCAUAGCAGAGCUUUUGGUAAAGCGUGGUGUGGAACUAACAGCCAAGAGCGACUUGCGUUUUAUUGAAGCUGUUUAUAAGUUUCUUCGAGAUCAAUUUCAGUAUAAACCAAUUUUAACAAAAGAGCAGUUUCUUCAGUUUGGCUUUGCAGAAAGAAAAAUGCAAAUUGUUUGUGACAUUAUCAACUGUGUGGUGAAGAAACAUAAGGAGUUGAGUAACUCUAGUAAGGUUAAAUCCCAAAUGAGGAAAAAAAUCAGACCUGUUAAAUUUGAAGUAUGGUCAAAUUGUGGUAAAGGUCUUGCUGAUCCAAGUGGCAGUGCUCUGAAUUCCAAACAGAAGCCUCUAGUGGAACGGCACUCAGGAAAUGAAGUUAGAGGUGACCUUCAUCCAUUACCCCUUCCAGCACAGGGAGGGAAGGAAAAAGAAUUAUGCCUAGAUCAUGAUACUGUGGAAGUUAAAUGUGAACAAGUCAUAGAAGAAAAUUCACAAAUUGAGUUAUUAAAGAAUCAGCUUGCAGAUUUACAGGAAAAGCUUGAGAAGCUAGAUUGGAUGGAAGAUAAGCUGCAAGUUUUAGAAGAAAAACUGCAAGGAAAGGUGAUCAUAGAUGAGAAGGAUUGGAAUAACUUACUGAAUCGAGUUUUGCUUCUUGAAACAGAGCUGUUGUUACAAUCCCAAAAGAAAGAUUUACCUAAAGACUUCAGCAAUAUAAAUCAAGAAAGUACUUCUAGUACCAUGCCAGUAUCUCCUGGGAGCAGCAUAAAGGAAGCGAGGAAUGGCUGGAGUCAGAGAGGAAAUGCAUGGGAAUAUCUUAAACUGGCUAUGCUGUCUGAAGACAAGACAAUGAAUCAUUGGUCUUUUGAACACAUGCUCACCUGCUUUAGAGGAUCCAAAGCCACUAAUAAAAACACCCCAUAAUAUAUAACAGAUGCAGAAGUGAAUAUAAGUGGAAACAGUUGAAUAAGGGGAGCAGACCCAGAGCUGUCAUCAAGCUCUUCAUAGUCACUAGAUUUUUUUUCACCUGCUCAUGCAGUGUUUGCUCAAGACUUGUUGGCAGUGACUAUACAUUUCAUCUCUCACCAUUUUUUUACCCCUCGACCUCACAGGCUUUUUCUGAGAGUUUGUGAGUAUAAUAAAUUCAUCUUUAAAUCCUGCUGAAUGUGCUAAACAAUGUAAAGUGGUUGUCAUUAAAAAGACAAAUUUAUGUGCUGCCAAUAUUUAAACUGGGACCUCCUUCUAAAAUUUUUGCUUGGAGAUUUUCUGGAAUCCUUCCAGCUUUUGAGAAACUGGUGUGGUAGGGUGAAUGCCAGCUUGGUGAGGAGACCAUUGGAGGGCUAGAAGAUCUGAUUAUUUUUCUUUAUAAACAAAAUGCAUUUUGGGAAGAAAUACAGAAAUGCCAUUUGACAACAUUUUAUGCAGUACUUGGAGUGUGUGGCCUAGUCGCGGUAAAAAUACAAAACAUACCUGUUGAAAAUGCCACGGUUCUGAGUGUAAACUUUAGAGCAAAAGAAAAUUUAUCUUUCUUCAAAAAUGUUUUUGGAAGCAAUUGGUGUUUGUUGUUCUCUACCUGCAUGUGAAAGGUGUGUUCACAAAACUUUUUCUGGAUGUGUGAAGAAAGUUUGGGCAAGAUGGCUUUAAACAAGAUGCGGAAAAGCUUUGAUUUGGAUACAAAAUUAAGUACUCCAGAAACUGUAAUUUCAUGUGUCUUCCUUUCCUUCCAGGAGUGUUUUCAGAUUCUGUUAAACACACCAGGCUUUGUUGUUUAAUGUUCUUUGUGGAUACAAAAAAAGAAAGUAGAGGCUAUAGCAUGUUUAGAAUCUAAGAGCCGAUAUGUAAUAAUAGUCAGUUGUAUUUUGCAUUGUGAGUUUUAUCUCCAUUUGUUGGUUGUAAUAAUGUAGUUGGACAGUAAACUUAGGGAAGAUGGACCUUCUUGGUGGCACAUCAGUAUAAUUCUCGUGUUAAAUCAGAACGCUUAGAAGGGAGUUGUCAAUUUGGAUUCAUUUAAGUUCUGCUUACAUGUCCUACAAUACUUAGCAGUACAAUGUUGAGUGUGAAAUAAUCUAUAGACACAAAUAUUUUUUUAGAGGAUAUGUGAUCUGACUGUCUCUGUUGGCAGCACAGAGAACACAAUUCAGAGUACAGAGAAAAAUAAUUUUGAUCUCCUUCCCUUUUUCUGUCCUCUUUCCAUUACCCCACGUGAAAUAAAAUGCAGUGCUCCUAAGAAAAAGUUAUAGCUUUGUGGGUUUUUUCCCAGCUAAGUUAACAAUAGCAUUUCUGCAGUUGUUCGGUGCAUGUUCAAAAGAGUUUUGUAUUUUGUGGUGUUUAUUGAUUUGAUCUAUUUGUGCUCAGUAUGAUUGUUUGAUUUUCUUUCUAGAACUGAGCUACAGGGUCUUCUGCUUUCUGUUCCACAGACCUCUUGAAAUUGCACAUCUUUCUUUAUUAUGCAAUUUAGUGUCACUUGCCUGUUCAGAGACACAGCAGGACAGCAGUGAAAGUCAGUUUGUCAUUUUGUUAUACUGUGCACUUCCUUUCUCCCUGCUUAGUACAUGCCUUUAAAUAAAAGUUUAGACUAGCUCUGCUAUAGAGAUACCUGUCUCUGUUUGUUCACAGAUGCUUUGUAUUGGACAUACAGACAAAUUAUAAGUGGAAUUUUAUUCUCUUUUGUUUGCAACCUCUUUAGUUCUAUGUGGUUGAUAGUUUUUAGUAUGCACAGAAAUAAGCACGCAUGAAACAUAUGGAUCCAAGUGCUGACCUCAGUUACAUCACUGUAAAUCUGGACAGGAACUGUUAUCAUUCAGUUUUAUGCUGGUGCUAUUAAGAUAAAGAAAGGGAGUGAUUUAUUAGUGAUGAACGGAGCUUUUAUAGCCAUCUCAGUCCUGCACAAGUUUAUAAGGUUGUUUAAGUACCAAUACUCACAGAUUUAACUCCUUCUUUUAUUAUGUGUAAAAAUCUCUAAGGCAGGUCAUUCCUUGCAUAGUAGGCGAAUGGUAUGUAAGGGUGUAUUAAUUAAAAGUCCUGUAAUUUGAAGAAAUUACUUAUUGGAUUUUCUUUAUGUUCUCAGAGCUCUUGUGCAAUCCUUAAUUCAACUAGUUUAUUAUUUUUUAGGCAAUAUUUUUGUCUGAUAUGUAUCACAUUAAAUUAUUAUAUCCUCAGCUGGAAAUAGGACAGUGAACAUGUUUGUAAUUUUUCAGGUAUACAGACAUAUAAAUGUGUUGUGACACAUUUUCUGGAUGCCUCAAGAAAUUUUAACAUUUCAACAUUCGAAAAUGAGGGAGGGAGGCAUGAGGAAAACUUUUUUCAGGGGUUUUGAUUGUGAUUCAGAAUUAUCACUGCUGCUUGGUCUCUUCUUGUCUUUUCAUUCAUAGCUCAUUCUGUAUUUAUUCAAGCUGUACUGUAAGAG